ACGUGCUUGUUGAGGGGCAGGUAUUUGGAACCAGGCCCCACUUUCGAGUUGUCUUUCCGCAGGAACCAGAGAAUGCGGUCGGGAACAGGAAGCAGGAACCGUUAGGGAGAUAAGGAAGGUGCUGUUGCCCACAUCCAUCCUCUACGGCCACAAGGUCAGGGGGGCCAGGCUGCCUCCUCACAGCAUCAGCUUUUUCUUCGGCUUCAUUUCCCUCUGGAAAGCGCUUUCUCACCGACGCUGCAGAGACCUUAGGGGGCAGCCCCUGCCCUGCUACCCUCCAAGGAGCCACCACUCUAGAGCCUACUCUCCUCUGGACAUCCUGUGACUUGGGGGACUACUUGCCUUUCUUCUGAAACACGACCACAGACUAUGAGUUAAAAACACUGGGCUUAGCGCGCCCUCAAUAACGACGCAGCCGUAGGACGCUACCCUCUCCCAGCCUGCCCGCUGCAGGAAGAGUUCCACUUCCUCCCCCAGAAAACGCGGCCGGAAGGGGCGGACUUUCCGCUUGGACCUGGCGCUUCCGCCGCCAUGGCUGCACGUGGGGUUGUUGGUAUUUUUUUCCUCUCUGCUGUCCCCCUUGUGUGUCUGGAGCUCCGGCGUGGGAUCCCGGAUAUAGGAAUCAAGGAUUUUCUUUUGCUUUGUGGCCGGAUUUUCUUACUGCUUGCUCUUCUUACUUUAAUUAUUUCUGUGACUACCUCGUGGCUUAACUCAUUUAAAUCUUCCCAAGUUUAUCCGAAGGAAGAAGAAGAAAAGAAUGAGAAAAGACAAAAACUUGUGAGAAAAAAACAACAAGAGGCACAAGGAGAGAAGGCCAGCAGAUACAUAGAGAAUGUUUUAAAACCUCACCGGGAAAUGAAAUUGAGAAAACUGGAGGAGCGCUUUUAUCAAAUGACGGGUGAAGCCUGGAAAUUAAGCAGUGGUCACAAACUUGGGGGUGAUGAAGGUACAAGUCAGACAUCUUUUGAAACAUCAAACAGAGAAGCAGCAAAGAGCCAGAACUUGCCUAAACCUGUAACUGAAUUUCCAUCUCCUGCUGAACAGCCCACAUGCAAGGAGAUUCCUGAUUUACCUGAAGAACCUUCUCAAACAGCAGAAGUAGUUACUGUUGCUCUCCGAUGUCCCAGUGGGAAUGUCCUGAGGAGAAGGUUUUUGAAGUCCUGCAGCUCACAGGUCUUACUUGACUGGAUGAUGAGAAUUGGGUACCACACAUCUCUAUACAGCCUUUCUACUUCCUUUCCCAGACAGCCUCUGGCAGUGGAGGGGGGCCAGUCGCUGGAGGACAUAGGAAUAACUGUGGACACUGUGCUCAUCCUGGAAGAGAAGGAGCAGACCAACUAGGAAAGAAGUUUGAGACCAGCCUGGGUAACAUGGCGAAACCCAGUCUCUACAUGCUCCCUGUUCUGCUUGAAGUCAGCUAUGCCAUGACCUCCUGACACAAUAAAGGCUUCACGAUAAAACCACACCAUACCUCGAUUGAGCUCAUGGCAGUAAACAUUGAACACUGAUAUCCAUGGGAAUAGGAUUAGAAAAGGAUUGCUUUCUGCAUAUAAUAAUCUGUGGACUGUGCCAUUUUACAAUGUACCAAAUGUGAACGAGGUAAAAAUGUAUGCAGUAAGGCACUCCGUAAUUGGUAUUUUUUUACCAGCUGACAUUAUUUCUCAGUGUUAGAAAACAAACCCAUAGAACUUUGCUUUCUGCCUCUUCAAUCCGUUUUACCACACAGUAUUUCAUGAUUCAGUCAAAUUCUUCAAAGUCUUAUAAGCAGGAAUGUUUAUUCUGCUGUAUUUCUGUGAAAUUAAAAACUUGGAAGAAGCUUCAAAGCUCUUGGAGGCUUUAAAUUUCUUUCUGAUGGGUAUAUAUUAGUUUACUUAACUAAUGUUUGCAAUUUAUAUAAUUUUGACUUGUAUUAAAUGUUACAUCUACAAAGUUCCAAAUGAAUCAGUAUUUUUAAAAAUAAAACUAUGAAAGCAUUAAAAUAUAGGUGAAUUUU